UCUUGAGUUCAGAAUAUGUGUUUUAUCUCUGUACAGGUUCAUCUAUGAAACAGAGCAUCAUAACGGAAUAGCCGAACUACUGGAAAUACUAGGAAGCAUCAUUAACGGCUUCGCCUUACCGCUGAAAGAAGAGCACAAAAUCUUCCUUUUAAAAGUUUUGUUACCUUUGCAUAAAGUCAAGUCCCUCAGUGUUUAUCACCCACAGGUGGUGAUGGCUCUUCUGAAAUACUGGCCAAAGACUCACAGUCCAAAGGAGGUGAUGUUUCUGAACGAGCUGGAAGAGAUUCUGGACGUCAUUGAGCCGUCAGAGUUUGUUAAAGUCAUGGAGCCCUUAUUCAGACAGCUGUCCAAAUGCGUCUCCAGUCCACAUUUCCAGGUCU